CGGCUUCUCACUACUGCGGAGGUGUCAGGUACGCGACUCGGCGUACGCGGCCUCGUGUCUCCGCUGCUUUCACUGACCACCGCUUUACUCCAGAGAGCUGCGCCCGUUUCACCGGUGCUCUUACCUCAGGUGUGAAGAAGAUGGACGCAGCCGCAAUCCUGCGAACAGCGCUGCCAGUGGCGGCCCCUGCAAUUAACCUCGCAAGUGGGUCCACGCCUCCCAUAGACCCGCAGCUACUCAUGACGACGGAUGACAUAUGCCGGAGCAACGGCUAUCGCUGUGAAGUCCACCCGGUUUCGACGGAAGACGGCUACGAGCUGACCAUGCACCGGAUACUGCCUUCAGCGCCUUUCAGAGCUGCCAUCUUGGUGAUGUCCGGACUCAUUGGAUGCUCCGACAACUUCUUCGCAUUCGGCAAGAACAAUUCACUGCCGUUCAUGCUCGCCGACGCCGGAUACGAUGUCUUCCUCGGAAACCAGCGGGGCUGCGCUUACUCCAGGGGGCACAAGAAGUGGACACGGCGCGACCCACAGUACUGGCGAUACACACUGGACGACGUGGCGCUGUUCGACAUGCCGGCGCUGGUGUCGCUGGCGCAGCGGCUGUCGGGCGAGCGUCGGCUGUUCUACGUGGGCUACAGCGCCGGCACGCACUCGCUGUACGCCUUCCUGCAGCUGCGGCCCGACCUGCGCCCCAGCCUCAGGGCCGCCUUCCUGCUGGGGCCCGCCGUCCUCUUCACCAGGCACCACAACCCACUCAUCAGGGCGCUCGCCUCAUUCCCCGACCGCACGCUCAGGGAGAUGGGGAAGAAUGCGGGCGAGCUGAUGGGCCGGACGCGCAGUUUCGUGCAGCUGGUAUGGCAGACCUGUAGGGAUGACGCGCCUCCACUCCUCAAGAGAGGCUGCCGGUCUUUCUCGAAGAUGUUCUUCGGCCUGACUGCGAACAAAACAAAAGGCGUAAACGAGCCCUUUACGAUGGCCCACAGCUUCUGUGGAACGUCAACGAUGGCAAGUGCUCACUACAUCCAAAUGAUGAAGAGCAGAAAGUUGGAGGGCUUCGAUUGGGGUCCCAAGGAGAAUUUUCGUAGGUACGGCUCGGAGAAGCCGCCCGAAUACCAGCUGCAGAAUAUCACUUUGCCAAUAGCAUCGUUCGUCGGCCGUAAUGACAGAUACGUCUCACUUGAGGACGCGCAGCUGCUGAGCCGUAAGAGUUCGCGCAACCUCGGCGUCUUCGUCAUGCCGCCGGGAGGCUGGGACCACUUCGACUACGUCGCGAAUACGCAGGCGCCGCGACUCAUCUACGACCGCAUACUGGGCAUGAUGGCUGGCUUGUGACCGGCUGCACCGGCGAACGGCGAACGUCUACUCGGACUUCCGCUGUUGACUCACAAAGGGAGGUCACGACUUUCGAAUCACGGAUUCACUUCAAACUUUGAAUACAUUUGGUAGUCCAUUUAAGAAAUGUAAUGUGGAAGUAGUGAAACAUCCCCUUAAAAAAUUUUAUGAAUGACUGUGCUGAUAAACCACUUACGUUAUUUGAUUUUCAAACAGCUGAGCAAAACUAAACGUACUCAGACAUUU